AUGAGCUCCAGGAGCGCCAAGGAGAUGAUUAUUGGCAAGUGGGGCUUGAAGGCGGGUUCCGCCAGGUCGGAGAAUGAACUCGAGAAGUGUAAGGAGGAGAACGCUGCCCUGAGGAAAUCGGUGGAGGAAGUCCUGAAAGGGAAGGGCAAAAUGACUGAUCCGGAAAGGAAGGGGCUCCUGGAGAAAAUACUUUCCUUUGAAAAAGAAAAAGAGAAAUACAACCAUCUUCUUGGAGAGAAGGACAAAGAAAUCCAAAGCCUGAAAGACAAGCUUAGAACCAAAACCAAGGAUGGCGAAGUCUCCUCAUUAAAACAUCAAUUAGAGGAAAAAACAAAGGAAGCAGAAAGGAGAGAAGGGUUGCUUCGUUCUCUAUUGGAAGAAAUGAGUCAGUUAAAAUGUAAUUUAUCCACAGUUACUGCAAAAUGUUCUGAGCUUGAAAACAGAACCGGUGCUUUUCAGGCAUCCCAGGAAGCUGUUGCAAACAGUACUGGAUCACCAACUAAUCUUCACGAAGUUGAAAAACAACUGAAAGAUGCUCUUGAGAAGAACCAACAGUGGCUACUGUAUGACCAGCAACGUGAAGCAUAUGUCAGGGGACUGCUUGGAAUGAUAUUUGAACUUCAGCAGAAGUCAGGAAUAGUCAGCCAACAAGAACGUAAAGAAUUCAAUUUGGAAGGUCAUCUACAAGAGGAAAAGCAAAAAUAUUAUGACCAGCUGUUACUAACUGCUAAAAGUGAUCUCAAGACUGAAAGAAACACUGUAACACAACUGAGAUCUGAACUUACUGAAUUCAAAAAGAAGUAUGAAGAAAUGCAACAAGAAAUAAUGAGUUUAAAUGCCUUAUUGCAGUCGCAACAGGUUGCUGAAAUGAAGACUCUAGAAAAUGAAAAUAAGAUUAGAGAAAAAGUGCAGAGACUGAAACACGAAAAUGAAGCUAUUAAAGGACAGCUCAGAGAAGAAAUGAAAAAGUCUGAAGAUCUUUUAUGUCAACUGCAACUUCUUCGUAAAUUGUUGCUCAAACAUCAAGAACAUGCUAGGAUAGCUUUGUUGGAACAACAGGUCCACAUAUGCACCACAGACUUGGAGAAUGAAAAGCUUGAUCACCAGAAACUGCAGCAUCAGUUAAACAAAGUACAUAAGGAACUGCGCAAGGCCAGGGAGCAAAUAACCCGUCUGGACCCUCUGCCAUCUUCAAAACAUGUGGUACCACAAGAAGAUAUGCAACCUGUGUUUGAAGAGAAGCUGACCAUUUAUGACAGAAGUCCUUCCCCGAAACAUUCAAGCCUUCUUGAUGAAAGUUUUCUUGAGUGUCCCAAAUGUAAAGAGCAGUAUCCAACGAGCCAGCAUAGAGAAUUACUAGCACAUAUUGACUUCUGUACAGCUUGAGCUAGAAAUGGACUUAUAUUUGCUUUAUACACACUGCCAAUAUGCUCUUCUACAAAAGCAAAGGAUCUUUUAGAGCUUUUUUUCUUAAGGUUAUUUAAAGGACUACUGUAUUAUAAUUCAGUUGCACAAAAACAUUACAGUAAUUUAUUUGGCCUCAAGUAUUUUACCUGACUUUUUUUGCAAAAAAAAAAGGCUACUGCAUUUUAGGUUUGAAAUUAAUUUUUUUUUAGACUUAUUAUUUUUUUGCACUAUUAAAAAAGAGAACAGUAAAAGCACACCUUUUGGGUCUGACCAAGAAUGAUGAACUAAGGAGUAAAACAGAAAUUGUUUCAGAAUCUCAAGGCUUUGCUAUGAGGGAAACUGUCUUAAUUUCAUACCUGUCUUUCUAAACAUUUUUUAAAUUAAAGAUAACUGUGCUUUUCAUUGCAGCCUAAUAAUUUUGAUCUCUAAUGGCACUACUUUUGGAAGUUUAAGUUGUCUUUUAACAGCACAUUAAUCAGCUAGUGCUGUAUUCCCAGUUGCAUACUUGGCAUAGUUUCUGCAAAAGGAAAUUCUGUUCUUUUAUGUAUUAUAGAUGAAAUAAGUUUGCCUGCUAUGGGUCAGCAGUAUUCUCUUCAAUAGGUCUGAGGCCUUCUUCAAUUAGCAUAGAACACUCUCUCAUUAGAAGCUGGUACUGUAGAGGAAGACUAGUACAGUUGAUAAUGUUGUAACCUUUAAAAUUUUUUCUUCAUUCCAGCACUUCUUCUGAACUUCAACAAUGCAGUUAGUCCUGCUUGCUAAACGUUAACACUUAAGAACAAAAACCCUUUACUGAUAAAUUUAUACACAUCAGUGUGGUAUAUGUUGAAAAAUAAAAAAAUUACAUUAAAGUGCAUCAAAAGACCUAUUUUGAAGGCAGAAUGACAAAUAUUGCCAUCACUUACAUGUGACUAAAACCAACUAUAAAACUCCAGCCCCAUAAAACACGCAGAUCACAUCACAGCUUUUUUCACUCUUCAGAAGCUACGGAGUCCAAGAAUGAAAAUUUUUUUUAUCCUAAAAUUAAAUUAACAAGAAAAAGGUCUGCUGUGCUCCUCUUUCUAGUUAUGUGUAGGAAAGAGACGUUUGUGCCUAAGGAGCUCAUCUUAAUGCUAAGAUUUAACUGAAACUUUAGUUCUUUGUAAGGCAGGAAGUAAUUAAAAAAAAUUCAAGCACCUUGUA